CUUCAGAAGGGGCUUUGGUCGAACACCAAGUUCUAGCGUAGUAAUUGGCCGGCAUAAAAUUUGCUAUUCGACGGACCAUGACGCACGUUUGUAACGCAGACAUAUCGAUUGGUGGUUGCGAGUAGCAGUAACUAUGUGUGCUGCAAAGAUUUAAAAACUUAAAUUUAAAAACGACGUUCCUAAAGUAUUCGAGUAUUAUAUUCAAUAGUACGUUCCACACACUUAUCACAAUUAUUGAUAACAUUCCAGAUUUCUGUGUUAACACCGGCUUUAGAUAACAGACAAUUGAUAAUAGUCAAAUGCUAUACAGAUACCGGGGCGGGUUAAUCCACCUUGAUAAGACGUAUUGAUUACCUCAUAAUAUCACGAACUGGAAAUGUAGAUAACCACAGACGUAUUAUUAUCUGACGCGUGUCGAAUCAUAUCGUAAUAUUAUAUUUCAAUACCGAUUGUUUUUGAUCCAGGAAUAUGUGGCUGCUGUGCUGGUAAAUAUAAUAUUAUGCAUUUAUGUUAUCUGUACUGUAAAAUACGGUUCCCGUAUUACGACAGCAUGCCACUGCACGAACAUAUAGUAAUUCGCCGCAAAAAACGAAAUUUUACAAUAGAUUAUCGUACACCGGUUUUUACCCACAACGUGACGGGUCACCCCGGACCCAAUUUUGUGAAGAACGGUUACCUACGCGAGAAAUGUCACUGUCGCAACGGCCACGGGCGUUCUUCAAUCGGCUCAAUGUCAAACCUGUCCCCGUGCGGGUCUUUCAACGGGACUUUGACAGGUCUCUGUACUUAACCGUAUUGGAUUUUCCUAAUUUCGGACACGGGUAUAUCUUUUCAAAUGUCAUCUUUCAAGAUGGCAGUGUUAUGCAAAACAUAACAAUUGUUGUUCUGUACCUCUUUAAUGGGGGUGGAGGGGGGUGGUAAACUCCUACAAAUUUAGAUAAUCUCCUACGUUGGCAUAGUGUUAACUCCUACACUAGAUGGUUGUAAAAAGUAAAAUAAGUAGAAAUCAAUUAUAAACUACAAAAUUAAGAGGUAGAGAUUGUUGUGCUUCCAGUUUAUUGAAAUAACGCAGACAUUAUCGAAAUGUUCGAGAAUUUCCUAUACUUAUUUCAAUAUGUUUAAUUAAUUUUUUUUUCUACGAAUAUUUAUACAAAAUGGAACAAAAAAAGCCUCUUAUCAUUUUUCCAUUUAGACAACUAUUUCUGGUAUAAAACGUCGUACGUGUUUAUUGAAAAUAAUGAAAUAUCGUAAAAUCGUACGUUUUUUCUCACUUAAGUGCAACCAUCUCAAAGAAACAUCAUUGUAAAAUUAAAAUCAGAAAUCGCUACACUCAGAAUCUAAAAUAUAAAACGAUCUGUGCAGGAGAUCACACUAUUUAUUUUUGGCAGGUAAAAAGGGACUAUGUAGGAAUUUACAUUGUGUUUUACACACCGAUAAAAAAGUCGUUUUUGUAGGAGCUUACAUGUAGCCCUUUAAUGUGGAUUUCAUCUAAAGACGCAGAAUAAAAACCAAAAUUGGCGGCCGUCAUUGAAAUCGGACAAGUUCGGAAACAUUAGAACCAUACGACCGUCGUCACAUCAACUGCUAUUCGCGCAUUUAUGUAGUCCGUGCAAUGGCUAAAAAUUCGAUCGUCUUGCAAACCGAGCCGUACUAUUUUCGCAUAAACAGUUACUUAGCGACUACUGCUGUCUACUGCUGUCGUUGCGGCGGCCGAAAGUUUGGUCGCGCUACUAAGCAAACCGGUUCAUACGGUUUCGAUAAGAUCGUAGGUGGUUACCUGUCGCGUUCAGCAAACCGUACCUUCGUCAUAAAAAUACAAAAACGAAAUUUCUCAUUGAGCCAACUAGACGACACCAAAGUACCUAUCUAUAAACUAGUUUUUAGGUAGAAACCGUCGUACAGAAAAAAAAAAAACGCACACACUCCAUAGUAAAUCUAUCAUAGUAGCAAUGGCGUGCGCAGGGGGUGGAGCGUAGGCGUUUUAUCCCCUCUUGUUGGCUUAAUAUACAAAAAAUAUACGAGUUAUCGAACAUCGUCAUGCAUAUUUUUCAGCCAAGUUACGAAUAAAAGCUCGAUGUAUUGAUUAGAAAUUGGCUUUCUUUUUAGGAUCUGGCUUUUAAAUUUCCAACUCCCAUAGUCGACAAUUUUACGAUUUGUUCGCAAUUCUAUUAUUUGUUACGUCUCCUCCCACUGAAAAUUCCUGGGCACGCCAUUGCAUAGUAAAAAAAAUCUAUGUGUAAGCAAACACUGAGCCGGCGGUAAUGUUAUUAAGUAGAAUGUUUUUUUGUGUAAAUUUGUAUUCAGAAGGGUGUGCGGGGCAAAGUGUCUCGCGGAUUACGAUAAAUUAAAUAAUUACAAUCGACUCUGAUUUGUUUUCAAGUACUUAUAAGACUUACCCUUGUUUUUUUUUUUCAUUUCGAACACUGUUCCUAUAAUUAUCCUAUGUACCUCCCCGAAUCGCCACAUAUUAUCAUAACAGCGGCCACGGACAAUAUCUGGAUAUCCGCAGACUGUGGUAUUAACAACCUGUACCUAUAUUACCGUGUAAUAGAUAGGUACAGUUGGUCGAUUUAAAUAUUUGUUUAACGUGAAACAAUGUCUCUUAAACACCGCUACGAUGGGCAUUAAAAAAAAAAAAAAAACAUACACUCGAUCAAUUCGAAACUAUAGGUCGAACGUCACUGAAAUGGGCGUCUGCAGGUUUUUAAAAUGUCCCUGCGGGGGCUCACUACUUUAGACACUCAUAUGCGGUGUUGCUCCAGACUCUCACCGUACCUAUAUUCCUUGUAGUCCCGGUUUGGCAAUCUCGUGGGGAGGCUGCAGAUUAGUUUGCGUGCGCGGGUCAUAGUGCAGGGGAGGCGACGAUCAUUGAAAUCGAAUCCUACACAAAAAUCGUAUAGGCACAAAUAUGUAGUCGAACUACGGGACGGAGCCUAAGUUUCCUCCCUCCCCUUUACAUCGAUUAUGUGUACUUAUAGUAUUUAGUUGAUAAGCACUCUAUUUUGGUGGGGGGCUUGUCUGAGUAUUCGGGAGAGGCGGAGUCAAAAUUUUCCAAAGGCUUCUCCUUUUUUUUUAAAUAUUUUGGCGGAAAACAGCUAUAUCCCCAUGAGCCCUAUUUAAAUAUGCAUACUAUUUUACAAUUCGAAUGUUGACUAUUUACGGAUAUUUCUUCUAAUUCUGGUAGAACCUCUUCUCUACACUGAAUCGUAUGAAAUCGAAAUAUUUAAGGAACAGUACUAUGUCAGCAAACAGAUACACAACGGUCGGCUAGCCAUGGCUAAUGUAAAUGAAUAAAAGACGCAAAAUGAAAAUUAUUCGAUUACCGCCUUUGCUAAAAAUGCUUCUUGAAGAAUGUACAAUAUAGUAUAGUAAUGUUGCCGCAAGACAUUCCAAAGCAGUGCACAUAAUAUUAUAUUCUCAUUUCGCAGUGAAGUUUUUUUUUUCUUUUAUUAUCAGUUUUUGUUCGAAUUAUCGCAUUGAAAUGCAUUUACUGAUGAAACCGGCAUUUCUUAAUUUUCGUCGAAGUUGGCCCCCCCCCCCCGAAACCCUGUUACCCACCUAUUUAAUAUAAAUAUCAAAUAACGGGUACCCAAGCACUAAACGUUGAUAAUAUAGGCACCUCCACCUCCUACAGUGAGAAUAUUAUUGAAUACAGCACAGUUAUCAUUAUACUAUAAAAUGCACAGUGCACGAAAAAAAAAAAAAAAACGUGCAAAACUGACACAUAUAUUUUAACGUACACAUUUACUAUCUGCAGUAUCCACACAUUACACAUGCUGCGUCAUUGCGAUUCGCAGAAAAUUGCUGCGUUAGCCAAUACAGAUGCUCAUUUGUUUAAUAUCUGUAUUGUACAGAACGUUCACAAUAAUUUACAAAAAAAAAUUUAGUUGGUACAAUUGAUAACGUUUAUCGAACUCGCUGCUAUAGUUAUGCUGAUUGCAAAACCCGCGCAAGACCGUGGCUGGACAACAUUUCCGGCGGCGGUUUUAAAUUAAACCAUCCAUUCGUUUUGUUGCACGCGCAUGAUUAGCAUUUUUUUUGGAAAUCAUAGACAAUACUCUCGGCGAAAUCUCGGGAGGGGGCUAGGGGGCGAGCAGGUUGAACCCCGAAAAAUUCCCGAAGCUCAACACAUACAGAGUGGUGGUCAGUCUAUCAUAAGACACUCGUUAUCUCGGAAAGUAUUAACUUUUUUCGAAAAUUGUGUUGAACAGCGUUUCGAGAAACAAGCGGCUCUGCAAUUUCACGUUUACGUUAUGUUUUGUCACCCUGGGUAUUGGGUGCGAAACGACUGCCUAUUUUUGAUUUUCGAACGGCGACCUGCAUUAAAAACUCCACAAAUUGACGGAGUGGUUGGUAAAAUAAAUGUUGGUGUUUAAAUUUUUAAUUUCCGUCAAUCCGUUAAGACGAGACAUUCCACUUGUAUGUUUUUGAUCGGGGGUGAGUAGCGGUGCAUCGUUUGUGCGGCGGCACAGCGCGCGGCGUUUUAAUUGUGUACAUUUAUUAUGUUACGCAACAUUUGUUUUGACUACCGCUCCAUCAAUUUAUGGAAUUUUUAACACAGGUCACCGUUUGAAAAUCGAGAACAGGCAGUAGCUUCACCCCCAACAAUUAGAGUGAUCAAAAAAAGUGUUCGUAGAGAGAAAAAUCAACAACAACAACAACCGACUGAUUUUGGGUAUUGUAGCUGUUUUUCAUUUCGCGCGUGAUAAUUGGAUACGUACUGAAUUGACGGGGGAGAGGAAAAAAAAAUUGAUAAACUAUUGCGAACACUCUGUAUGCUAUUGUACUCGCGUACAGUACAAUAAUAAAUAAUAAUACCAAUUAACUAAUCGGCGGUAAAUAGCGUUACGGAAUAUAUUUACUGAGAAAAAAAAAAAAAAAAAAACCCAGAAAAAUAUUGAAAAUCGCUACAGUCGCGCGCCGUUUGGAUAACUCGUUACGACGGCGCGGAGUCAUCGCGGACGGACAUCAUGACGGCACGCAAUCCGAUACGAUACCGCGCGACCCGACGACGCGCUCACGUACAGAUGCCAUUUCAAUAAACGUCGGCGAUAUUUAUUCGCUAAUCGUUCGUUUACCGUUUUGCCCGCCCGUCGGUUAUUGUUGUUCGAACAACGUUGUGGGUCGUCGGCUGUUUGCUGUUCGCGCAUAUUUCGUGUUACGCGCCGUCGGCGUCUCACUGAAACGAUUACAGCGCGACCGUGCGGUUAUCAUGGCGGACGCGACCGACGACAGCGGCGGCGGCGGCGGCACCAGACGCGAACCCGACACGCGCCGGACCCGACCGGAAUCGGCGACGCCGGACGCGGACCGUCGUCCGGCGGCGGCGGCGGCGGCCGCUCGGAUCGCCGUCGACGGCGAUCGCCACAACGGCGACCGACCCACGGCCGACCAGACAGUACGCGUUGCGGUCGACGACGACAACUACGGUAGGUUCUUCGGCGGCAUAGAUAAUUAAUAAUUACAACGCUGUACGCGCGACGCACGACAGACAGAAGAGAGGAAACGAAAAAAAAAUACCUACACGAAAAGCGCCGACCGGGCGCAAUAGUAUUUGUUGUGCGCGUCGAUCGCGAUAACUAGCGCGCGGUACAACAUUGCCAACGAGGGAAAACCGCGGCCUCGCACCGCUUUGUUAUCGAUUGGCGAGUAAUUAUUUUAGAACGCGCCCCGCGUAAUAUAAUAUUUUGUGCCGGUUGACGAGCGUCGACAAACGUUAUUGGCAAUACUGUAUAGCGUUUAAAAAUGUUUACAAUUCUUGCCCCCACCCCUGUCGUUAUCGUCGAUCGGGCGGUAAAUAAUGAAUUAUCACACAAGAGGACGAGAAAUUAUUAUCGCCCGGCUAGUGCCCGUUUUUGCGCCUCGACCGUCCAGUACAAAAAUUGUCCACAAAAAUAAUACGCCGGCUCGUACUACUGUUCCUAUGAACUCCCCCGUCCCGAAACGCCGAGGAGAAAUUGAUCAUUUUUUUUUCCCUGCUAGGAAAAUUCCACCCCGUGUCUGUAACGAAUUUCGAACCAAUAAUAAGAACAAUUAAUAUGAGUGGGCCAGAACGAAAUAAAAGAGCCGAUACCGCGGCCGACGGGUGCGCCACCGUUUUAGGUGGGUGGUCGGGAAGGUGUAUAUGCCUACAUAAAGUUUUAUAUCAAUUUAUAUCUUUUAAACAACGAUAAACCGUUUCGCUAACGAAAAACCAUUCGGAGCGAAAUUCGUUUAUACAUAAUUUAAAAGGUCGUAAUAUUUACGAUUUUCAGCAAAAUAAAAUUGAAAAUAAUGAAACCAUAAUAUUGCCGUAAACUUUCCCGUUCUUUCUGUUUUUUUUUCCGAUUUAGCCGAAUGAAUUAUUUGGAAAACUACACGGAAAAUCAAAAAACUAUUUAUUUCCUCAGCAACUAGAUCUAAAAUACAACAAAAAAGGUUUUUUGUUAUUUUUUGAUUGGUAAAAAUGUUGCUCAGACACAAAAAUAAAUAAUAAAAUCACGUCAUUGUAAAACCCAUUGACGAAUCUUGCUACGCUCUGAAUCAAAAAAAAAAAAAACUGAAAAUCAAGCUGAAUUAUUCACUAGCUACCUACCUACUUUAUAUUCAAAAUCAUUGUUAUCACGUGGACAAAUUAUCUAUAGUUUGAAAAAAAAAAAAAUGAUAUAAUCUUUUUUUUUAUUUAACUUAAAACCUAACCUAACAUAGGUUAGGCAUAAUAUAUUAUUUUAAAUUCUCCGUGUUUUUCAAUUAUCCUGAAAUGUAUGUAUUUUAUUUUUAUAUAAUGAUUUAAAAUAUCUGUUUAUAAAUAUAAAAAAUAUUACCUCCCCUCUUACACACAAAUGUUCGAUGAUAUUUGUACUCGAAUUGUAUUCAUAUAACUUAUUUGUAUUCAUAAAUCUACGAGUCGCCUACACACAAAGUAUAUGAAAUCAAGUAGUACCAACUACUUACUUUUACGCCGGUAGGCAUCAUGUCAGAUUAUUCGUCGGUUUUCAUUUCGACUAAAAUAAUAAAAUAUGCACGUGCCUGGUAUUGAAUUUAAAACAAAUCCACAUUUCGUACAUAAUCGAUAAUUAUAGAUAAAAUAUAAAAAAAAAAAUUGUAAAUACACUGUAAAUAAUUCAUAAUUAUUAUACCGAGAACAUUUUUAACUUCUUGAGAUGGUUGAAACUGAAGUAGACAUCUAUAACACUGUACCUAUUUAUUUUCAAUUACGUAUCUAAUAUUAUUAUCAGCUGGUAUUCGAGUUUCGGGUAAUACUGAAUAACAAUUAAUGGUGAUGACGUAUGACUUCUUAUUAUUAUGUUAAUAAAUAACUGUAACGACGAACGUCCAUUUUAUCUUGAGAUUGACAGUCGACUACAUAUACACUAAUGAUAAUAUUGUUUUUCAGUAUUUUAAAACAUACAUACCGUAUGUCAUGGUUAUGCACCGCGUCAAAAUGUCAGUACGCUCAUCAUUAAGCCAUAACAUUUGAGUAAUAGGCUGAGGCUAUAGUGUCGAUUGUUUAAAACUCCUAUCGCAACCAGGCAGUUUCGAACUUUUCUCGGUUCUCUGGCAAUACUUUGUUUUAUCAAAAAUGAUUUUACCAUAUUUCAAUCUUUUAAAAGAUCCUUUUUUAAACGAUUGUUGUGAAAAUGCAGAUUGUUGAAAAAACAAUGCUGUAUUGACCGAACUCGGAUUCGCUCAGAAUCGUUGCGUACAGAUAUAAAUUAAAUUCCAUUUUUUAUCAUGCCUUCCCAACUUCUCGCAUUCAAUAGUGUCCCGGCCGUGGUACAAAGUAUGACUGUCCGUUUUUUUUUUUUUUUUAUAUAUAUACCUACUAUACUACUAUUUUUACCUAAACAUGCAGAGGUGACUUGAAACGAAUGUACAAUAAUAUGAUUGAUUCGACGGUAAAAAUAAAAGUGAUCUAUAAAAUACCUAGACGAUGGUCUCGUUAAACCAUAUCAUUGCGUUAAACUAUUCAGAUUUUUCCAAAACGUUCACUGCAGCUCCAGCUGUACCUAUACAAAUUUUAACUAGUCCAUUAAACGAUAAUAUUAUUACACAGGUACCUGUUACCUAUACGCAACUAUCAAAAAUAGAUUUACGCAUCAUAAUUCGCACACCACGCUCUUGUAACAUUAACGGACAUAGGCGUGCACACCGUACGAAAAAAUUCCGCCCGCUUAACAUAUUUGCUUUCGUUGUAAAUUAAAAUAUUAUUGCAUGUAAAAUGUACAACAUAGUAUCCUAACUUCCCAACUUCCCAACUACAACAGUGGCUGCACCCGUCCUCAGUAUCGGCUCUUUUUUUUUUUAUUUUUUUAUUUUUUUUUUCCUACUUAGCUAUGCGCCGCGACCGUGGUGCUGCAUAAUAUAUUGUACUACACAUAUACCCGCACAUUAAUUACCAGCUACCUACCGUAAACAUCAUUUUGAUCUAAUCAAACACAUUAAAUUAUCUGUGGUAACAGCAUGGUUUUAGAUUAUUUAAUCACGGCCAAUAUGUUUUUCGAUAAUUCUUGAUUGUCAGCAUUCGUUAACCGUUAUCGAUUACGUUAUAUUAUGAACUUUUUUUACUACCUAGAUACCUAUUUACAGAUCAUUAAAAAAAUGUACACUAGUUUUUAAAACUUCAGAUCAACCGCGCGUGAUCACAAUAAAUUGCAAAAUCACAAAAAAUGUAUUAGUUCGACAGAACGAUACUACGGGAGUACUCAGUAAAGCGGAUAAAAGUAAUUUGUUAAAUUUGAGUAAAUUGUGAAGGUUGACUUUAAAAUACUUUUAAAUUAAUCCACUAUACAUUUUCAUGUACGACAUACAAAAUUGAUUAUGAUAUUGGGAGGGGUGUCUAUGUUCUAAGAAGUAUGGCUUGUUUUUUAUUAGCCUGGGUGCGCCUUUUAGGUAAACCCGCGGCCUUGUUAAAGAGUCCUACCACCCAAUUAAGUUGGUGCAUGUUUAUAACUUCCCGUCGAUCUCUUACACGCCGGACGGAUAGAGGUUUCAAUAAUACAAAAUAUACCUAUACUGUGCAUUCCUACGUUCGUAUAUUCGUAUAUUUGCACGGUUACAUUUUUCAAUCAUUUUAAUUUGCAUGCAGCACCAACACACACCUACGCACGUAUCUACAGUUACGUAUAUCUACGUCAACCUAUAUUGUUGGCGCAAUCGAAAAUUGUGAAGUGUGCCCCUCGCCUUCGGUGUACAAAACCAUCGUGUUCUGAAACUAUAGAAUCCAUUUGAUAUUACAGUCUUGUCGUAUGACAUUUUGUUCAGUGCACGCUCAUCUACCGAACUUGAGUAUAUACGCACGUGUGUGUUCCGCGCUAUAAUAUAGUAUUUAUACAUAUUUUAUAUAUCCUAUCGCGUGUUCGAUUUUUGUAGCCUCCGAGGGUGCACUUGUAUUAUUUAUGGAUUCCAAACAGGUAAUGGCAGAUCAAUACUAAUCAUAUUAAUAUAUAUGUACCUUUCCCCACUGUUUAACUUCCCACAAAUAACCUGAACGGUUGCACCUACAUAUUAAACAACAAUCAAUCAUUAUCAUAGCUCUUUUUUAGAAGAUUUUAGUUAAGUAUUGGUUUUACUGCGAUGUGUUUUUUAUUUUUCUGUCUGAUGUAAACCACUUUUCUACCGGAAAUCUUACACCGAUCAUCCGAUGGCAAGGAUAAUUUCUGAAUUUUCUAUAAUUAGUAGGUUUGACAGGUAAUUUUUUGAUUUUCCAAGUAGUUUUCUCAAUAAUGGCGGAGGGAGGCGGGUUUAUCUAUGCAAUAAUUGUAGUUUCGUGUUAAUUUCGAUUUGGGUUUUUUUGUUAUAAUUCAACGAAGAAUAACUGUAUAGGAACCUGAAAUUUUCAAUUUCCAAAAUAACAUUAAUUCAGUUUUAGAAGAAUUACAUACAUACAAUGGAAUUAAGAAAAAUCAUGUUAAUAAUAUUUUGUAUUAAUAUUAAAUGUACAAACCGAUUAUAAAAAUAAUAUCUCAUAUCAAUACAUUUUAGACAGUAAAUAAUAACCCAUUUAAAUUUUAAAUUUUUAUAAUUUUUUUUCUAUGUAUUCCUUCAUUUAAUUUGUUAGAUUCAGUCGCGUUCUAUAUUUUGACUGUGAUACACCUGAUGAAUUUUUAAUUCGAAACCGGUCGUAUAAUACACUUAUCAUAAUACUCCAAGACGUAUUUAUUCAUUUAUUUAUUUUUAUUUGUAUGUAUACAGUUUUUAUUGCUAUAUUUAUUUACUUUAUUUAUAUAAAUUAUAAAUGCUAUAAUAUAUUAUCGUAUCUAAUGGGGUUUUUCAUAAAUUACUCUAUGGUAUUUUUCAGUUUUUUGUUAGACUCGUACCAAAAAAAAAACCUAUAUUAUUAUAUACAAAAAAUCAGUAUUUGGUUGAUAUUCAGCGACGAUAGUAUACAUUUUUAUCGGAUUAAAAAAAUCUGAACGUGAAGAAAAAAUAAAUAAAAAGGUUUGAUAAUCUAUAAGUUUUUAUAAUUUUUACGAUAAUACUUUCUUUCUGUGAACUUGAUUUUAAAAUAUUAAAUAUCCGUGUCCAUCACGUGAUUUUCCGUUUAUUUGAGUUAGAAGUAGUAAUACUUGUAAUAAGUACCUACUUAUUAUUGUGAAUAUAGUAGUAUAAAUAAGUCAAAUUAAAAGUAAACAUUUUGUUCAAAUCGCGUAUUUAUUGUUAAAACUUAAAAUGUAAAUCUUUUUAUUAUUCGCUUUAUCGCUCAUAAAGAGCCUUUGUGGCUGCUACCCAAAUCCUCCACGCCUCUCUUUUAUGAGUGUAACCUUCCCAGUCUAGCGUCUGCUAUGCCUAAUUGUUCCAUACCAUUUAUACCAUUUAUAUAAAUUCCUCGAUCUUGUCUUCCUAGCGCUUCUUCGUUCUUCCUUUUAGCCUUUUUUUCAUUUAGAUUCCAGUGAAUUUUUGCCUUUUGUCAUAAACGCCACGCAAGUUCAGGCAGGGGGAGAAUAAUAAAACGCCGCGCGCCGUGCCUUCACACAAAUGAUACUCUACUACUUUCACCCUUCCUGAACUUAAAAGUGGAAUAUUAUCUCGUUAACGGGUUAACGGAAAUCAAAAAUAUUAGCAUCAAAAUUUAUUUAAAGUAAUACUCUAUCUAUUUAUAGGAUUUUUAAUAUAGGUUCUCAUCUGAAAAACCUUAAAUAGUUGGAAUGAAGACGACUAAUAUCUUAACGGAUGUAUAAAAAUAGACUUUUUUGACAAAUUUUCGGCAAAUGUCGAUGAACGCCAGACUCGAAAGACGAACUUUAUACACGAAUUCACUCCGUUCGGGUUUGUUUAAUCCCUAUCCGCCCCAGGCCUUUUACUUUCAAAUUUUUGUAGAGCGAUUCGGGCGUAGUGAAAGGGGAGCCCGAGCAAUUUCACAGACGUGCGUUUAGCGUCUUUGAAAUAAUAUAGCAAACGUGUGUUUUAGUAUUCCGAAUAGUACUCGGGUUUACUCAGGUAUUCAGAUUAAUACUGGUUUUACAAACUUCUUUUCGGUGCCAAAAAAAAAAAAAAACCGUAAUAUUUGUUUUUAAAACCGAUGUUAUUUUAUAUAUUGUAAAUUUUAAUAUAAUUUAUCUGUUUUAAAAAAUAUUUUGAAAAAAAUCAUGUAAUAAUCGGCAGAUUAAUUAAGUUUUCAAUGUGAGUUUUUCAUCAUCUACACCUGAGCAGUCUACCUAAUAUUUUUCUAAAAUCCAAAUCGCGUUCAUAAAUACAUUUUGCCGGUGUAGGUUUGCUCGCGGUUUACCUUUUUGAGUAUACGACUGCGCGUGGUACCAGAAUAACAAAGAAUAUAUUUUGACCCUUCAAAAGCAUACGAUUGCACGCAAUAUUGGAAGCGAUGUUACCGAUACCGCUGACGGGUGUACCACUGUUUUAGGAGGGAAAUUAGGAAUGAUGAUAUUAUGUAGAUUACCUAAAUUAAUUUGUAUCAGUACGCAAUGAUAAACCAUUGCUAAUGAAAAUCGAUUCUGAGCAGAGUAUUAUUGUUCUUUUUAUUCCCUUAUUGUAUUCCAAGGUAAUAACCCAAAAAUCGAAAACAAUUAUACAAAACAAAUUGGCUAGUUUUCCCUUUUUUUUUUUUUUUUUAUAAGAAAAUUACAUGAAAAAUUAAAAAACGACCUCCUCAAUGCACCGAUCAGAUAAAAAUCGCUAAAAGAAAAUUCCUAUAGUUUUUGAUUGGAGGAAGAUAACUGGUAGAAAAGUUAUUUACAUACAUAAAAAAAACACAUCAUUUACAAAAAACCAAUAGGUUUAUUUGUCGUUUCACUCAGAAUCUAAAAAUAAUUUCAACGAUUUUCAUUCACUUAAAAUACAAUAUAUGAUUAAUAAUACAUUAAAGUUUUAUAAUAUCGUAAUCCAAUUUAACGCAAAAAAUAAAUAUAUUUUUGAUAAUAAAAAUCGAAUAUGGGCACCACAUUAUAUUAAUUUGUUAAACUGAUACUUUCAUAAGUAUAAAGUAUAAUUUCACCGAUUUUAUUCAUAAAAACACGUACAAAAAAAGGAAGGGGGAUACUGAGGAUAGGAGCAGCCACUGAUGUAGGUGAGAAGUUGGGAAGGUAGGAUACAUAAGGUUAUUUUAUUUAUAUCUGUAAGCAACGAUAAACCAUUGCUUGACGAAAGACGAUUCCGAGCGCAGUUCAGUAAUACAUUAUUUAAAGUGCCGUCUUUUUUUCUUGCGAUUUUCGUUUAAAUUUGAUUUCAAAAAGCAUAUUUAAAAAAUGUCGUCUGAUGGUUUUGGGAAUUUUAUUACAUCUAGGUAGGUUCGAUAUGAGUAUUAUUACCAAGUUUCAAUUCUCUACGUGUAUUUAUAACCAAAUUACAGCAAAAAAAAACUACCAGAAAUUAAAUUCCUUAAAAGUUCAAAAGUGACUCAAAAGAUUUGGCGAUAAUACCGUAAGAAAGUAAAUUAAAAAAGGUAUUUAGUGAUUUUUCGAUUAAAUCAUUUUUUUCUGGUAGAAAACGUCGUCCGUGUUUUUAUGAAACAAUGCAAUUGUACGGUUUCCUACGUUUUACCCACUUAGUGCUUUUAUUUAUAAAAUAACGUCGAAAAUCAAAAAAUGCCCUUCUUUUAAGUACAAUCUAGAUAACUUUAACUUUCAGAAAAGGUGCUACACGUAAAAGUCGGAACUAGUUUACUAGGAAAAAACGUGUCCACAGACUAGAACAAAAAAAAAGAAAAAAGAUAAAAUAAACAGCAUUGUAAAGCCAAUAGCUCCCUCUCUACGCUCGGAAUCUAAUAUCGCUUCGCUCAGAAUAAAAUAAUAGUAAUAUUUUAAAAUACCUAUUGUAUAUGUUUUUAAAUUAAUUUUUACAAUGGUUUCAGCUACUAUCAAAACUAGAUAGGUAUCUAUAAAAUGUUGGUGUCUAGACUCUAAAUACAUAGGUAUUUUUAUUUUGAUUCAUAUUAUGUAUUAUUUAUGUAUACAUACGUAGUUACUUUAUUUAGAUUUUUAAAUUUGGUGAAAAUUACAGCUUCGUCGAUUCUUUUCAGAAAUAGUAUUUUAGAUUCUGAGCGGACCGAAGAAUGAAUAUUUUAAUUUAAAGUAGAGCGAUUUUUUUUUUUUUUAUGGACUUCAGAAUAUUUUUCAAUUGUAUUUUACAUAUUAUACAUAUACAUGUAUAUAUUUAUUUACAUAUAAAUAAAUAACAAAUUAACAUUGUAAUUUUGUUUAUAUAAUAGAUAAUUAAAUAACUGCGUUUUGAUCAAAUUAUUUAGGUAGGUAAUUACCAAAAUAACAUUAUUAUCGCUGUAAUUAUUUGUGUACACUGUUCAGUAACAUAAUAAAAUAUAAUAUACCUAAUAUAAUAGAUAUAAUAUAACAAGGUACAUUAUAAUAUUACAAUAUAUUAUACAGAACAAUGUUAUGGUCUUUAAUAUAUUUUUACAUCGGAUAACAAUUAUGAUUACUAAUUAUUUAUUUGAUUAAUAGAUCGUUUGACAUAUUGUCAUUUUUAACGAAUGCAUAGUAAUUUUUUAAUUUUGACGAACCGUCCGAAUUCCGUGUACCGUAAAAAUGGGUGUGCCGUUAUUUUAGAUGAAAAGCUGGGAAGGACAUAAUAUAGAAUAAAUCAAUUUAUAUCUGUACCCAACGGGCGACGAUACCUUAAUGGUUAAACCAUUGCUAAAGAACAUCGAUUCUGAAUGAAGUUUGGUGAAACGAGUUUUCACGUCGUUUUUACGAUUUCCUUCAAAAUUUUGUAAAAUAGGAUUAAUAAUAUUAUAAUUAUAUAAUAUAUCCAUUAUAAAGAAUAAUUAUAAAAAAAAGACGGAUAUACUUCGCACACGGUUGUGGGUGAGAAUUUAAGAAGGUAGAGAGGAAAUUUAAUGUAUAUCUGUACGAAAAACGAUUCUGAGCUGAAUUUAGUUACAUAUGUUUUGAAAGGCCGUAAUAUUUUACGAUUUGAAAAAUAAUACAUUUCAUAAAUUUUACGAUUUUGAAAACUCCUGGGAAAAUCAAGAAAUGACCUACCUUAAGUACCACCCUAGGAAAAUUUCCUUUCAGAAAAAACGCUUGAAAAUCGGAGCGCAAAAUUUCUGGUAUAAAAGUUGUUCACAGAUUAAAAAAAUAAACAUCAUUGUAAAACCAAUACAUUCCUCGCUGCGCUCAGAAUCUAAAAUAAAAAUAAUAGUUACAUGACAGGGGUGGCCAACUUUUAUAGACUUGUCAUUGAGUUUUUUAAGUUGUCACAAAUGACCAAAAAAAACGGUCGUCAAUAAUCAAAAAAUAUAUAAACAUAUUUAUAUAUCUACAUUUUUUUUAAUUAGAAUAUUAAUUGGUAAUAAUAACGUUUAAUUUUACAUAUACUAUAUGUUAUUUGUGUUUUUUUUUUUUUUAAUUAACUCGAUAUAAUUACUAUUAUGAACCCCCCCCCCAAUUCCUGUUUACGGCAUUGGUUGUAGAAUUCAAUUCCAACAAGUGAUGAAGUAUAUGUAGUAUAAAUUUCCAAUAAUUUAAACCAUCUUUAACAUUUACCACACUGCUUUAUUAAUAACAGUACUUGUUUUAAAUACGUAUUCAAAAUACAUUAAUUGAAAGAAAGAUUAUCUGUACCUAAUUUUAAAUACUUUUAUUAGUUUGCUUGCACCACAGUUAUAUUAUAGACUACCUUUAAUAAAUAGGAUUUAUUGGAAUUUAUUAGGAAUAUUCAAUUAAAUAUUAUUUCUUUUAGCAAAUGUGUAUUUAUAAUCAGUUCUCUUCAUUCUUCGCCUUCAUCUCAACUAUUGGGUGUCAGCUAAUUUCGUUUAAACUUUCACUUAACCCGAUCUACGAUCUCGCAUGCACCGGCUGUCCUCAUAUCAUUCUCAAUCACAUCUAAAAAUCUCUAUUUCAGUCUUUUUCUUUACCUCUUUCCUCCUACCAUUCCAUUACCGUUUUUACUACUUAUAAUUCUUCUCUUCUCAUAACAUGUCAAAACCAUUUCAGUCUAUUAUAUUUAAUAUAUAUUUCAAUUAUAUUUCUCUUAUAUUUCAAUUUAUUUUUAGUUCCUUUCUUCGAGUGUUACUAUCCAAUUGUCAAGCUUAUUGUUAACGUGUUUCAGAUUUUCUCUUAUCAAAAUUAUAUUAUUUACAAAAAAAAAUUGUCUACUAACUAUGAUUUCUGUUCUACUAUCCAAUUGCAAUACUAACGAGAUAAUAACGAUUGGGCCAAAAAAAUGUCAAAAUUUAUAAUUGGGUGGGGUGGGCGGGAAAAUGUUCGUUUUAUUUAAGAAAAAUUAGACAAUAAUAGCCCGAAAAACCUAAGUCACAAUCACAAAUGUUGGGAUAAGAUUGUUGUUACCUAUAGGUGCUAAUUGUAUAGUAGGUAUCUAUCUACAUAUUUUUGUUAAACUAAAAUUUUUGUUUCAAUUUUGUUAAACUAAAAUAAGUAGGCACCUACCGCUUACCUAAAUAAUAAAUACAAAUAAUUUAUUUGUCAACAGUUUGUUUGAGUAUGACCGAACCAUUACAAAACACGAUGGAUCGAGAAAAUCAAGUUUUACAAAACGAAUCCGGUAAUGUAAUCCUACCUAUACUUUGUCAUUGGUCCAAAGGAAAAAGUGCUUAAGUCAAUUUUUUUUCUUUUAAUUUUGCAUUACCCAUGUAAUUUGUUUCCCUUUAUAUUUUGGUCUAAAUGGCAUAAGUGCAUGUACAUCUGAUACAUGAGUAUAUUUACGAUAUAAUUACUAAAAAUUAAUUUAUCUUGAUUCACUAUGACGUAAGUACCUAAGUACUUUUUGUUUGACAAAAUAGAUGAAAGUCUUAUUUAUUGUAGAGCUUUUAUUAUGUGGCCACUCCAAUAAUGUAAUUCCCUUGAAUUGAAAAAUGUACAAAAUCGACUUAAGCCCUACUUACCACGCACAAUCCUAUAACAUUAUUGAUUGAAUUGCACUUAAAAACAAUAUAAUUUAGAUGAAAUAUUAAUUGUUUAUAAAUCAUAGGAAAAAUUGACUUUGUUAUAAGUACCUACUUACAUAAUAAUAAUAAUAAUAAUACUUAAUUUGAUUUCAGUAACUAUUGUGGAAGAUACCAUUGCUAUACUGGAUAUAAAAGAAGAAGACGAUAAACCGUUAUCUACAACGAAAGCAGUGAUUAUAUUAGCGGCUAUAUUUUUAACGUCGUCACUAGUUUUAGGAAAUUUGUAUUACAACUUCCCGAAGUUUAAAGAGUGAGUUAUUACUACUUAAAAUACCUACCUACAAUAAAAAUCUAUACCGAAUAGGUAUUCGUUGUAGGUAAUAAAAUUAACGUGAUAUUUAUUGUUCAUCUAUUUCAAGUGACGAAAAAAAAUACAUUAAAAUUCCGUUCAGUAUCGAAGAUGCAGAGAACUUGGGUAAAGUUUUGGAUCACUACAAGAAUACACACUAUGUUCGAGUAUUGUUGGCGAUUUCAUUUUGUAGUAUAUUGUAUCCUUUACAUUCACUCGAAUUCAUUAACAAUAAAUUAACAAAUUUAUUCGAAUCGUUUUUACCUUGACUAUAUAAUAUCUAUUGAACAAAUUCAUUAGUUUGCACACAUUUGCGUUACCCGGUUCGUUUACAUUAGCGAUCUUAAGCGGCUAUCUAUAUCCGUUUCCCUUAGCAUUGGGAACGAUGUGUUUUUGUUCAGCGAUGGGUUCUACCUUUUGCUACUUAUUGUCGCUGACAAUCGGAAGAAAAUUAGCGUACGCGUAUUUCCCGGAUAAAAUCAGGUCGUACGCCAGUUUAGUAAGUAUGAAUUUAUUUACCUCGUGUAUUUUAUUGUUUACAAUAAAUUUGUUAAAAUUAGAUGCUAUUAUUUUUUUUCAGGUGAAAAAGCACGAAGACAACGUGCUAUUUGUUAUUAUGUUUUGGCGAAUAAUUCCAUUUUUUCCAAGUUGGCUAAUAAACAUCUGCGCACCUUUAGUCAAUGUUCCGUUGUUACCGUUUUGGGUUGGAACAUUCAUAGGUAAAUACUCGUUUAACACAUGCAUGUCGCGAUUUUAUUUUAUUUUUUAUAAAAAAAAAAAUUAAAAUAUCUAGAUUGUUUUGUAAUAAAUUUAAAUUGGAGUUUAAUAUCUAAUACCAAAUUUAAAUUAUAAUAAACUAGUAGGUAAGUGAACUUUAAGCAUAUUAUCUAGUUUAUCUUAUUCAAACUAGUUUAGAAAUGGAGUGCCAAUAACAGAAUACCGAGAGAGGUUCUAAUGUGGGUGUCAUGAGAUUAGUAGUUCCGAGAUUGUAUAUUAGUUUCAUAGAUUAUAUUAUGUUUGAAGGUUCAAAUACUAAUGAAAGAAUUGUGUCUAGAAUAAAAGAAGAUUUUAGGAUUAAAAUGGGGUGCAUUCAGCCUUAAAUCCUUCCUUAUUUUCUGUUGUGCAUGAUAUUUGCAAAUGAUAUAGGUAGUUUUGAUAGGAGAAAAUCUGGAAUAGGUAAAUUAACAAUAGGCUUGAGGAAUGGAGAGUAGCACUUGAUAAAAAGGGGCUAAGCAUAAAUAGGAGUAAAACAGAGUACUUAUAGAAUAGGCAUCUGGAGUAACAGGACAAGCUAAUAACAAUAAGCAGUAACAUAUUAAGCAAGAUUGAUAGUUUUAGUAUCUAAAGGAUAUUUUGUAUAAAAAAUGAUAGCUUUGAUGAGAAUAUGAAACAUAGGAUUAAGUGUGGUCGGAUAAAGAAGCAUUAAAUGUUUUAUAUGACAAGAGAAUUUCAAUGAGAUUUAAAGGUAAGUUUUACAAGAGAGUGGUGAAAAUGGUUAUAUUGUAUAGUUUGUAGUGUUGAGUGGUAAACAGAAAAAUAUUAAUUUUCUGUUCUAGAAAAUGUGUGUAACAGAAAUGAUAAUGCUCAAAUGGAUUAGUGGAUAUUAGGUAAUUUAAGUGUGACUUCGAUAGUAGACAAAAUGAGAGAAAAUAGACUAAAAUUAUUUAGGCAUGUCAUAGGGGGGGAGGGGUAGGUGGUUGGAUGUAAUUGAAGACGUUGUAACGGACCAGGUCAAGUUGAAAUUUUAGACGAGGGUGACCAACCUCAAAUAGUUGAGAUAAAAAUAAACGAGAAGAAUUAGAAGAAGUUCACCAAUAAUAAAUUAAUAUGAUAUAAUAUAAAUAAAUAAUUUUACCUACUUCUUAAUGUGAUAUAUGGUCUUAGUUUUACAACUUUCGUUUCAAAUAUAGGUGUAGCUGUGCCAUCUGGAUUGUCUAUACAAGCUGGGAAAACUCUAAAAGAUCUAUCUUCUUCUACCACUUUAUGGUCAUGGUCUUCUGUUUUAUUUUUGGUGACGUUUGCUACCCUGUCGUUACUACCUAUUAUAUACAAGGCGAAACUAAGAGAUAAAUUUGAUUGAUACACAAUGUUAAAAAACAAAAAAUUUUGUUUUUUUCUCUAAAGCCAAUUUUAUACCUACAUUAAAACUAUUUUGAAUAAGUAAAUAUUAUUACACACUUGUAUUUACAUUAUUUUCGUGGAAACAUAAAUUGCAUCUACAUGACUAAAAAUUAAAUUUGUAUGUACCUACUAUAUAUGUCAAAAAUAUUUUUUUUAUAUUUUAAAUGGUGUUGGUGACUAUUUGAACCAAUAUAAAAAAAUUAAUCUUAUACCUACAAGCAUAUUUCAAAUUACUGAGAAGAUAUAUUCUAUUCUAGUUUUAAUUUUCAAAGAUUAAGUUGUAUUAAUUCUUUUUCCUACUUGACUAGGUACAGUUUU